AAUUUUACCGCUUUAAAUAAAAGAUGAGAUCUGGAUUUCGUUUUUAGUUUAGACGUCUGGUAUUGUAGUUACCCAACCAUGAGUGAUGAAGAAAAUUUGCAGAAACUUUUGACUAUGGGGUUUACGGAUGAGACAAACAUAAGGGCAGUUUUAAAGUCAUGUAAUUCAGAUGUAAAUGAAGCAAUAUCUGUACUGGCUUCUGAAAAUGCGUAUAGAAAAAAUAGUUGCUCUUUCAUUACAGAUAAGAAUAUGGUCAAUAACAAGGAAAUUUCCGAAAAUGACUACACAACAUCGGAAGCUAUUUCAUUUGAUGAAAGCACAAAUCCAGUCGACAAACUAGUUGUGGGGCAUGAUAUAGUCGCAGGAUUUUCUUCACUUGAGUUCAAUAGACUUCAGAGCCGCAUUUUUACGGAACAGUGGGACAUUCCUUGCUUAAGAUCACAAUCUCUUGGUGUUUGCCUUUUGGGUGCUAUUCAUGAAUUAAAGGUUAAUGGUUUAAAAACAUUUGAUUUAUACCCUGAAGUCCAACGAUUUCUUACGACAUGUUUAAAGGAGUGUGUUACCAAGCUAAUGACGUCACAGGCGGUUUUCAAUUGGGAUCGAGAUACUUUGGAAGGUGUACACAACAUGCUGGAGUUAGUGAUCCGUUUAAUUUGUGAAUAUAUGAGCAUAUUAAAAGUGGCUAUUCUUGAGGAGAUUGGGAGAUACAAUAAUAAUGACACAGAAUAUUCUACUGAAUCACAGCCUUCGAAAGCUAAACAUCUUCAAUCUAUUGGUGUUUUAAACUGUGGAGCAUUUUUAUUCACUGAACCUUUCUAUGUACUUUCAAUGAUUUUCGACUGCGAAACAAAUUACCAUCAAUUGUGUCGAGAUAGGAAUAGUAAUACUGGAACGUAUGCAGAUCCAUUCAAUGACUGGAGUCGGAUUACUCGAAAUCAUUUGGAAAAUAUUGUCUUCGCCGAACCAUUACCAAUACCUCGGAAUUUCUACCUUGUCAAUCUACUGAAUUGUUUUGGUAUAUACAAUGGCUUCAGUCUACUUAGUUGGUUUGCAACUCAAUCUUGGUCUAAUAUAAAUCUUACAUCGAUAUUUCUUCUUCCAAUAGCCAAAUGUUGUGAUUAUUUGACUUUUCAUACUUUGAAAAGUUAUGCAGUCAAGGUUAUGUAUCGUGUUAUCUGGCGUUUAUCGAAUUUAUGUAUAGAGGAUUUUAAAGAUAGAGAUUCACGGAUAUUUGAAUUGAUCACCAGCGUUCGAGUGUUAACAUAUCGCUUGAUAGAUUUAAAUGCUGCAGAUAACCUUGGUUCUCUAUUAACGGCCGAAGAAUGUAGUUCUUGCUUAGGUGGUUUAAUGUUCACGGUUUUUGAACCGACUUGGGAUGAUGUUAUCUUACGAUAUGACAAAAACAACUCUAAUCAACGACUAAAUGAUCAUGUAUCAUUGUUUUCUAUUUCUGUAAUUGAUAAAUUACAUUACAGUGUAUUGCUUACAGCUAUAUCACCACCACAAGGUGUAGGUGGUGCAACGUUUAAUGGACGUAUGAUGGCUUUAAGAGAACUUACACAACAAUUAGAAAUAUCUAAACAGUUUGAAAAUGUUAAUAAUUCAUCUGGUAAUUGGAAUAGAAAUGGUCAAAAACGAACGCGUCCAUCUGUUUCACUUACGUCAGCUAGUCUACUAGCUACAGAAAAUACUGCUUUCCUAGCUAAACGUCAACGUAGACGAGUGUUACGCUUAGAUCAGUUAACAUUUUGGAUUCGGGAUAAUGAGGUGAUAUCCAAAUCGCUACACAAAUUGGAUAAUACAGCAUAUAUGGCUACUUUGAGUAAUUUUUUCCGAUCUCUUGGUGAACGUAUUACAAAUGAUGAUUUAACAACUUUAUGGCAUAGAACAUCACAUCAAAAUAGUGCAGCAGUAGAUAAUAUAUUAAAUCUUCUUACAGAUUUAGCAUCGUCUCGAUUUACUCAAUCACAGUUGAAGCACUUAUUUUUUCUUGUUGAACUGAGCUGGAUGAAUCUAGAUCUUCAAGCUAUUUCACAAAUUUUUCCUGAUAUUAAAUCUCAUAACAAUAGAAAAUCGAAAGCAUCCCUUAUCCCAUUACCUCCACCGGAUGAACCGUCUGUUAUACGUCAUGCACGUGCCAGACUAUUGAAUAUGCUUGGUAGGAUUGGAAUAUUGUCCAGAGAUCCUAAUACGGCUGACAUGUGUAUAGAAUUAUUAUGGCGUUUAGCUCAUUCAAACUAUUCAGAAGAAGCAAAAGAUUUCUCUAGACAAAAUCAAAAAUUAAAGAAGUCAUCACCACAAAAGAUCACUUUUGUAGAUCGUAUUCUUGCUUCACAUGGGCACAAAGUAGACUCGAUAGAUUCUACUGCACCGUUGGAAUUUCAAAAAUAUAUGCAUCCUGAACCGAUUGAAGCAGCUUUAGCUCAACAAUUAGUUAUUAUUCGUGAAUUUCAUUGUUCUGGUGUAGAGCAAAGAAUACGAGCAAUGCGCUGGUUGUUAGAAGCUGUAGGUCAUAUAAGCAGAAAUUCCCUGACAUUUUUUAUGUUAGCCUAUCUAAAAUCCUUAUUGGAAUUUAUAUUGAAAAAUUUUGUUGGAAAAGCUAAACGAGAUCAUCUUCAUGAACUUAAUCGUUCACAUGAAUUGAUAACUCGUGUUGUCGAUUCUUUAUUACAUUAUGAAAAAUGGGCAAUUUCAUCGCAUGGUGAUCUCUUAACUGCAGAUAGCUUAGAUGUACUUGGUUUCAGGCAUAGUGAUGUAAUCAAACGACAUUUUGACCUUUUGAAUUUUUUACUGCGGAAUGCUGAACUCACAUUGAGCGUUGAACGUGCAAAAGCUUUAUGGGAAACAUUGAUUGGUCAAACACGUGCUGCGCCAUUUGAUCGUGAGCAAGCAUUUAUUUGGUUUUCAUCCUGUUUAAAUUUUCUUGACACUGAUGCUCAAUCAUUUGUUUUCACGAAAGUUAUCUUAAAAUCUAAUCCAGCUUUAUUCCGUUCAAUUGCUGGUUUUGAAUGUUUCAAAGGAUUUUUCGAGAAAGUCAAUUUGAAUGAAGGUCGUAUGAAACAAGUAGCAAAAUCAUGGCACGUUGAACGACCAGAUUUAAUUGGUUUAGAUUUUCUGUGGGAUUUAUAUCUUGCUUUGCCGUCGAGUGACGCAAGCUUAGAUGGUGGACAUUCAAAUCGUCCUGUAGAUAAGUCGACUUUUGUUGAUAAAUCAUGUGACAGUAAAGCAGGCGUUGAUGACUCCUCAUCGAAACAACAGCAGGUUGGAGCAUUCAUAGCAUCAACAUCUUCAUCAGCAAAGUCACCGACAGACGCUGCAAAACCAGCCAGAUUACUCUUAUUAAAUGUACACUGGGGUCAAUUAGCACCGAAAUUAAGACGAGAUCCUGAAUCAUGUUAUCGUCGUUUCUUUGAUACUUGUAGACGACGAUUAGAAACUAAUUACGCUUUAGGUCGUGGUUUAAUCACAGAAUAUGGAAUCACAUCAGUUUUAGCAGAGACUGGUGAAUUGUUAGCUUCAUUAAUGCUUGGAAUCGGUCCUGCUACUAAAGCAAAACAUUGUACUCGUACUGCAGCUAAACUGGCUAUACGCCGUUUAUUAGGUCUAGUUUAUGCAUAUAUUCAAUCGGUUGAGGAUGAAAUGUUUGGUUCCCGUGCUCAGUAUCCAAAUUGGAAACCUCAUGGUUGUACUUAUCGAGGUUGGGAUAUGCAUUUACUCUUGAAUAUUGAAACUGUUAAGCAAGGACAACCAGUUGUAUCUGUAACUAAUCCUAUGCCAAUAAUUGAAAAUCAGGCAAGAAACAAAUUAUCCACAUGUUCUAACGAUUCACAAUACUCUGGAAAUCAUGAAUCUAUGUCAUUGUUAGUACAUUCAAAUGAACCACUUAGUUCAGUUAGAGAAAGAGCUAAUCUUUUAUCGAUUGCAUAUUUAUUUAAUUGUCAAUCGAAAUCGAAUAAUCAGCAAGAUACUGGUCAAUUUUCACCGUGGACAAUGGCUACUUUAUCGCUUCAGAAAGAGCCGCAGCCGAAAAUUUCGAUUCUGCGUGAAUCGAAUCAAACGAUCAAAAAGACUAUUUUUUCACAUGAUACAUCCGGUCAGAGAAAUGAAGUGAAAUCAGUUAGUAAAGAUAAUUCCUAUGAGCUUUUAGAUAAUGUUUUGAAUCGCAAACCUAUUGGUGAACUUGGUUUUCAAAUUAAUCGUCAGUUGAAUGUUCGAUUUUAUGCAGAAUCUAACAAUCGUGUACGUAAUCGCGUUAGUAAUAUAAGUGUAGUUUCUUCUUCUACUGCUGUCUCAAUACAAGGUCUAUCCAAUAGUUCACCUUUUAAUAGUUCAUUUUCAUUAGCUGGUCCUUAUUCAUCCACUUUGGAAUUGACCAAUGAAUGUUUAAAUAAUUCUACAAAUAUUUCAAAAAAAUCUUGUUUAUCAAAUGAUGAAUCUUCGGGUUUUUUAAGUAAUUUUCGUAAACGUCUCGAAAUACCAUCUACAGUACAAAUGAAUCAUCUUAUCAGUAGAGAUGCAUCUGUGCUUAGUUUAAAUGCAAGUCAAAUACUAACUGAUUCAUCAGUAGAUUUAAACAAUCCGAACCAAACAGUUACUUCAACUAAUGUUAAUAUAGUUCUACCAAGUGUUUGUUUAUCAAAUGAUUCAGCAGUUUAUGAACUUUUAUUUGAAUUAGCUGAAUCGGAACUAUUUUAUCUUAAUUCAUCAUUUUCAACACAAUCAAGCAGUCGAAAUAAAAAAGGUCAUUCAUCAACAACAUCAACAUCAUCAUCAUCGUCAUCAUCAUCAUCAAUAAAUUUAUCGUUUGCUAGUGCACAAUUUCCAUCAACAUUUAGUUUUCUUCAUCCUGUGCGAUUAUUAUUAGCCUGUUUACCAACGUAUAAAACAAUUCGUCGUGGGCAUAAUGGUAGUAGUGGUGGUACACAUUUACAAUAUAAUUUAGUAUGUAAUCCACAUAUGCUUCUCAAUGCCUCCCCAUGUCGUGUUUUAUAUAAAUUACAACUAUUGAGUUCUGCGUUGAUUCCUCUAGAUACAAGUCCAUGGUGGGAAAUCUCUCCAGGCUGCUUGCUCUCACCACCGUCUUCAACUUACUUAAUAUCUCACCCACUUCCAGUGUCUGUUAUUUCAAGAACUCACAAAGAAUUGGAAUCUCUUUCGGAAAACAGUAAUCUUGAAUCAAAUCCAACUAUUAGACGAUCUUCUCAUUCUCGUACUCCACCUCUAGAUGAAGAUCGUCAAUCUAAUUGGUUUCUGUCAGUUGAUGCAAUAAAUGUAAAUUCACAAGUAACGAAUUCAACUUCAGCACCAUCUUCACCAGUGAUUUCUUCACGUCGUCAUUUAAAAAAGUUAACUUCCUUCGUACCUUCAAGUGAUUUUUUCUCUUCCAAAGGAAAGUCUCACAAAGAUGUACCAAAAGAUUUGAGUCUAGUUGCUGAUGCUCCACUUAUUGAAUAUCUUCAAGCAUUAGUUCAAUUACUUGAGAGAAAUUUGAUUCCUUUAUCGUUUGGAUCACCUCAAAAGUCUAAUGCUUCGGUCAAAAAGCAUAUCCCUGCAUUUCCAUUUGCAUUCCGAUCCAAUAAUGCUGCUCAUCGUCAAAUCAUUACUGGUGAAAAUGUGUUCUUCCCAUGUGAUUUUUCACCGAACACAGCGACAGAUAAUGCGAACUGGUGGAGGCGUGAAGUGCGACAUUUGUGCUUACAAUUGAUAGCUUCAUUGUUAAAUCCAAUCACUAUAGUGAACAGUGAUGAAUUUAAAACGACUGUUCAUAAUACUUUGUCUGAACCAUUAUAUACUAUACCAUCUGAUUCAGUUGUCUAUCACAUGACUCCUUCAUUAGCAUUUAAUUUAUUAAAUAAUUUAUUAGAAACUGCUCUAAUCAGUGCUGGUAUCGACAUAGAAUUACUUAAUUCCGCUACGACAUUAACAAAACAAAAUUCACAACAAUUAUCAAAUAAUUUUUACUAUUCAUCUGUGCAUAAAUCAUACAUGUUUUUACCACAUGUUGAUAGUAAAUCAGGUAUUGCUGGUGUAAUUGAAGAAAUUUCUUAUUUUGGACGAAAAAUUUUAUUUCAAGAUGUUGAGAUCAGUGUACAGUGUAUUCGAUUAUAUUUCCAAUGUAUCGUUGCUUAUCCAAGUGUAUUCGUUCAUGCUCUAUUGAAUUCAACAAAUUUGGAGAAUAAAUUUAUUCAGUUAUUAGUGUAUUCAUCGUCUACCAGAAUAAGAAAUGAAAUGGCUCGACAACUGGAACAGUUAUUGAUUCUUGUAUCACCUUUCCUUUUCACUGGUCCUACUUGUUAUACCAGAAAUAAUUCACCAUCUAUUCCGCAUUCGUCUUACUCUUCAAUUUGUUCACUUCAUGGUUAUAUUCGUCAUCCUGAAAUAUUAAAUCUUAUUCUUAAAACUAUACUUGAUACACCAUUACCAUUUUUCGAUGUGAAACUCCUCAACACUAUGUCAUUGCCAGCAGUAAAAAUUCUAAUUAGUCAAUGUGCAGAAUAUUUUCGUGUACGUGGCUUUUUACUUGGUCAAACACCUCCUCAGAUUCUUAAAAGAAAUUUCAAUACAAAUCAUAUUACUAUUCUUCAAAAUGAUUUAUUAUGGUUUAAAGAAUUGAUGGAUUUUGAUGAUAAUAAUAAUGUACAAUGUUAUGAAAAUGAAAUACUGAAUGAUUGCCUACUCGCUGGCCAUUUAGAUUCAGUGCGUUUAAUUUGUGCUCAAGUCAUAGCAUGUCUUAGUAGUCAUUGCCAGUGUACAAUCAUGAAUCAUCAUUUCUCAUCCAACGGGGGUCGAACAUCAAAUAUCGAUAAACCAGCAUCUGGAUUAGUGAACAUUUUUAACAAUAAUAAUCAUAAUCAUAAUCAUAAUAACAAACUGAAUUAUUUGAAGCAUGAAUUUCUCACUAACAUUAAUCAUCUGUUACCACCAAUACAAUUGUUGAAAGCAAUCAAUAAUUCAAAUCAACUUGUCAUUAACAAUGAAGAAACUAAUCAUCAAUCGAUAAUGUUAAGCAAAGAAUUCACGGAAAAUCGAAUACCGAUUCAUUCAUCUGUGGUGUUAAAAUUAGCAACUGAUUGUAUACAAAUAGCAAGAGAUUUUAUUUAUUAUCUUAUUGUAGAAUGUUUAUUUCCAGCGGCUAGAUAUUUACUUUCCGAUGCUAAUGCUAAAGAUUUAUUAUUAUAUGCUCCAUUGAAUAAGAAAUUGUCUAAACGUGAACGUCUGCGAAAAAGUUUAUCAAUUUUAAAUAAAAAUUGUAACUUACCACAAGUGAAUGUAUUCAACAGUCUUCGACCUAUGACAAAAGAAGUAUCAUUGUCAUUUUUAUGUUUUAUAUGUCGAAUAGAUUGUCAAAGUUUAGAGAAGCUUGUUAAUUUACUAAUUCUACUACAUCAUUCACAUAAAUCAGAUCAAAUUACUUCAACAGCUGAUGAUAUACAAACGUCGAAUUUGCCUAAUUCAACUCAUUCAUCAUCUGGAUCAACAUUUGAUCAUAGUUCAUCUAAAUCUAUUACAGAAAAAUCUCUACAUAAACAUACAACUAGUAAAAUACCAAUUAUAGAAGGAAAAUCUGGUGUUCAUUGGGAUGUGCAGCCUAUUGUAGCUGGACGUGCAAAAUGUGGAUUUGUCGGUUUACGUAAUGGUGGUGCAACAUGCUAUAUGAAUUCAGUGUUACAACAGUUGUUUAUGCAACCAGGUGUACCGGAAACAUUGUUAGCUGUUACCGAUACUGAUGAUACCGAUGAGAAAAAUAUUCUAUUUCAAACUCAACAAUUAUUUGGUCAUUUACUUGAAUCUCAAAUAGAAUAUUAUGAUCCAGUUGGAUUUUGGAAAAGUUUUCGACCAUGGUCAACUGAUAUUGAAGUGAAUCCACAUGAACAACAAGAUGCAUUUGAUUUCUUUCAAGCUUUAAUUGAUCAGUUAGAUGAUGAAUUAAAAAAAAUGAAAAAGGAACCAUUUUUCCAAAAUUUAUACCAAGGUAUAUUUCUUGACUCUAAAUUCUGUGAUGAAUGUGAUCAUCGUUAUGAUCGUGAAGAAGUAUUCAGUGCAAUUAAUUUAGCUGUUAAAGCUAAUGAUUUACAUGAAGCGUUAAAUCAAUUCGUUCGUGGUGAAGUACUUGAAGGUGACAAUGCUUAUUAUUGUGAACGUUGUUGUGUUAAACGCCGUGCAGUUAAACGUUUAUCUAUUCAUUCAUUACCUCCAGUAUUGUGUUUACAUUUGAAACGUUUCGAUUUUGAUUGGGAUCGACAAAUACCUAUUAAAUUUUCACAUUAUUUCAAAUUUCCAAGACAAUUAGAUAUGAGUCCAUACUUAACUGGUUCUACAUUGAAAUUUCGAUCUUCCGCGUUUUUCUCCUCACAUUCAUCAACGUCAGCUUUAUUACAACGUGAAGCUAAAGAAGCCAGGUUUACACCGAAUACAAUAAAUAAAAAACAAAAUGAUAACGAUAUCACUGAUAAAACUACUAUAGAAACUGUAGAAAAUCCUGUGACAUUUUCCAAUUCUCCACCAUCAUCUCCAACUGAUUCCACAGAGCAUUUAUUCAAUGCCUCAGAUACAAUAAUCACUUCAACUAAUGAUAAUUGUGUUGAUGAGCUGACAAAUGUGAAUUCAGACAAAACAUUAACAAGUGAUACUACAUCAACUUUAAAUAUAUCUUUAUCGCCAACAUCAUCAGCUGAUCAAAAAAAGCAUGAAAAUUUAUACAGACUUGUUGGUAUUGUUAUUCAUUCAGGCCAAGCUAAUUCUGGUCAUUAUUAUUCAUUUAUUAAAGAUCGUCGUGGUUGUAGAAAUGAACAAUUAUUUAGUUCAUCAAUGAUCAAUCAACAUUCUAAUGAAUUUAUACAAAAUAUUUUAAAAUCUAAUUUGGAGACUAUUAGUGAAACUAAAAAUGAAGUGGAUAACUUGCAAGUAAAUACUUCUACUCCUAUCCUUACAAAUACUACUACUACGUCUACUUCUACUACUAAUAAAAAUGAUAAUAAUCUUAACAAUCAUCAAUAUAUGCAAGAUACAGAACGUUGGUAUCGAUUUAAUGAUACAUAUGUUGAACCUAUUGAAUUGACAGAUGAACUACUUGAACAUGAAUGUUUUGGCGGAACGUAUAAAGUUGCUGGAAAUGAUGGACGAACUGUUGAAUCUCGUACCAGAUAUUGGAGUGCAUAUCUUUUAUUUUAUGAAAGAGUAGAUAUGAACUCUUUUUCUUCCACUAUGAGUAAGGAGGUAGAAGAAAUGGAAAAAAUAACCGGUGAAAAAGAGCAACAAAAUCUUCAAAUGAUGACUGAAUGCAAUAAACAAGAAUCUAAUUCACAAACCAUUGAUAUUGAUCAGAAAGAAGUAGAAGUUCUCAAUCCAUCAUCCAAUAUGGAUGGACAAAUUGCAACAACAACUACUGAGACAACGGAUUCAACAGUAGCUACAACUGGUAGUACUAGUAUCGCGAAGUCAAUUCCAAUGCCUACACGUAUUGCUCAAAAAAUAUGGACAGAGAAUAUGACAUUUCUACGUGAUCAAAAUAUUUACUCCCAUGAAUAUUUUGAAUUUAUACGCGAACUAUGUGAAGGUAUAUUGUCUGAUGUCAGUAGUUUACGUGAAGAACCGGAACGUGGUGUGCUCGGUACAAAAUUAUUAUCCCAUUUCUUGUUCAAUACAUUUCUAUGCCUACAUUCUCGUAUGAAACUCAAUAUUGCAUUGAAAUCAAACGAUUCAUCAUUGAGUAGUUUAUCUACGAGCAGUGUGACAGAUUUAAUCGCAAAAUUGGAUUCUGACUUACUUAACUUAUUAACUCGUUUAGCUACAACACAUCCUAGUGCAACACGUUGUUUGAUGCAUUUUUUGUAUACCAGUCCAAGUCAGCCAUGUUUAGUCUCGAUGCUUUUGCAUCCCAAACCGGUAGCACGUCAACAAACCGCAAAUAUGAUUCUUGCAAUAUUACAAGGAUUUUAUGCUUUCAAAGAAACAAAUAUACUUGAUGGUACGUUAACUGGCUUAAUUAACUAUCUACUUGGUUUAUUUGAAAAUGGACAAAUAGUUGAACAUUUAACAGAAGCCGGUGCUUUAUUCGGUCUACUUCGUGGUUAUGCUGAAAUGUGUCCACAUGCUACGGUACACUUAUCUAAUUUAGGAGCAACCAAACGAAUAUUGAACUUUUUCAUUGAACCAGAUAAUAUAAAUUCAUCUGACUCCAAUCAACAAUCGCCUGUCUGUAAUGCAUCUUUUACUGGGAAUGCACCGAAUUGGUCUCAUCGGUUACGUGUAUGGAGUCCAAUCCAACAUAGAGAAAUGGGUAAUCUGUAUUAUCUUCUUACUAUCCUACUACUUCAAACAUCGUUUGAUGCAUACAGGGUUUUAGAUCCGCAAUCACUGAAUGACAUUAGUAGUAGUAGUGGUACAGCAGCACAUGAACCAUCAUUGUAUCGUCAAACAACACAAAGUCGUUUAUUACUUCGACCACAAAAAGAAACAGUACUAUGGCUUGGUUUAUCUAUGCCACCUUUAUUAAUAAAUCAUGAUAUCAAACAAGUCAGUAAUAAAACAGAUACAUCCAAUAAAACUGAUGAUUAUCAUUAUUAUUCUUCUACUCACCUUGUCGGACUCUAUAGAUUAUGUGAAAUUCUUUUAAAAGCAUACUUAGAAAAUCCUAUUGUACUAAAUUUAACUUCACUUGGUCUUGAUGAAAAAGGCAAUUUGAAUUGUGGUAGUGCGUCUAAAAUCAUCAAUUCAACAAGUUGUAUUAAUGCAACAACAGGAUUGAAUUCCAAUGAACUACCGAAUAUUGUUGGAAAUGAAUCUGUAUCUCUUAGACAACGUAUACGUGAAUUAAUGUUGCAUAUAGCAGGAAAUUCAUGGGAUACAUCACAAUGCUUCAUUAUAUAUUUACUUGAUCGCAUACGCAAUCGACCACAAUGUGAAUUAAGACAAUACUUUGAUCUAUUAAAUGAACUUUUACAUCUUACCGACUGUAUUCAACCAGCUAGAAUUAUAGCAGUGAUUGCAGGAUUAGUGAAUCAAAAAAUUUAUAAAGAUAAUGAUAAUAAUAAUAAUAAUGAUAAAUGGAUUUGGGCACCACGUCCCAAUGGAGAUCAACAAUUAUGGGCAUGGAAUAAAAUAGAAAUAAAUAAUAACGAUGAUAAAAAUGAUAAAUCUGAUCAUGUGGAUACGCGAGAUGUGAAUCCAGCUGCCAAUCAAUACGGACCUCCUGAAGUUCUUGGUCUUUUGGAUUUAAUUCAUGCAGACUAUAGUCGUGAUCCUCGACGUGCUUAUCAGUGUACUAAAUUCAUUGUUGAAUUAUCAACUCAAAAUACUGCUGUAGUAAAUUAUUUAUCACGUUAUCCAAAUAAAUGGGAGCCUAUUGUAAAAUGGUUGAAAAAUCUUAUGGACUCUACCACAGAUGAACAUUCGAGUCGUAAAAAUUCACUUGAUCUGCCUAGUUCACAUUAUCUUAAUGAUAGCGUGGAUAAUCGUAGAGAUGUGAUACAUAAUGAUUCAGGAGGGAUUUAUAUCGAUAUUCCAACAGGUUUUACAACCAGUCAAAAAAUUGGUUCUCAUUUGUCAAAUAGUUUUCAUCAAGCUUCCAAUGAAUAUAAUGAAACAUCAACUGGUUUUCAACGUACAGUAUCAGCCCAGAAAACACUGCAUGAUGCAACUCAUCUACUUUCUACUAUGCCACAAACACAUCAUGUCAAUAGUGCUAAUCCACCGCCGACAGGUUUAUCAUCCCCGCUAACAACAACAUCAAUGAUGACGCCAUCAACUAGUGAUCGUCUUGAUGUUGACAAUGAUGAAGCAGACGAUGAUAAUGAUAAAAAGUCUAAUUUAUUUCUUAAAUUGUCUACCUAA